AGCUCAGAAAUAUAUUUUACACGCAUAUACUGGAUAUGAAGAACACGUUACAGAGUUCAGAGUUCAAAUACCAUGUUACGCAAAAGAUCGACGCGAUAGAAAACGGGACUAGCCCAAGAAUUAGGUAAGUGCAACCAAAGUGAUGGGAACAGUGCCAAAACUUUGAAAGCAAAAUGCUACAAGAGCUCACUCCAACAAAAUCCCAAAAACUCUCCCUCUCUCUCUCUCUCUAGUAUAAAAGGAAGCUGCUUCUGAAAUAUUAAGCUGCAAAACUUCAAGAGAAGAAGCACCGGCAGACCCCGUUUGGCCGGCGACGAUGUCGGGGUUUCAACUCGGCGUGGUCGGGUCGCUGGCGCUCUCCGUCGCAUCGUCAGUCGCCAUCGUCAUCUGCAACAAGGCCCUCAUGAGCUCUCUCGGCUUCCCUUUCGCGACCACGCUGACGAGCUGGCACCUGAUGGUGACGUUCUGCACGCUCCACGUGGCGCAGCAUCUGCACUUGUUCGAGCCCAAACCACUAGACGGUCAAACCGUGGUCCUAUUCGGGCUCCUCAACGGCACGUCCAUCGGCCUCCUCAACCUCAGCUUGGGCUUCAACUCCGUAGGAUUCUACCAGAUGACGAAAUUGGCCAUCAUACCGUUCACCGUGCUGUUGGAGACUCUGUUUCUGAAGAAAACAUUCAGCCAGAAUAUCAAGUACUCUCUUCUGGUCUUGCUCUUCGGAGUCGGCAUCGCGUCUGUUACUGAUCUCAAGCUCAAUCUUCUCGGAUCUGUUCUCUCCCUCCUCGCCAUCGCUACAACCUGCGUUGGCCAAAUCCUAACAAACACAAUACAGAAGAGGUUGAAGGUCUCUUCGACGCAGCUCCUGUAUCAAUCCGCACCGUACCAAGCGGCUAUUUUGUUCGCGACUGGCCCAUUCGUGGACCAGCUCCUCACCAAGCGCAACGUAUUCGCGUACAGUUACUCGCCUGUAGUUUUGGGAUUCAUCGUCCUAUCUUGUUUGAUCGCGGUGUCGGUGAACUUCAGCACAUUCCUAGUGAUCGGAACGACGUCGCCAGUGACGUACCAGGUGCUCGGCCACCUCAAGACCUGCCUAGUCCUUUCCUUUGGCUACAUCCUCUUGCACGAACCCUUCACCGCGCGGAACAUCAUAGGCAUCCUCGUCGCCAUUCUCGGCAUGGGCUUAUACUCCUACUUCUCGGUUCGCGAGAAAAAUAAGAAGUCCACUGAUUGUGCCUUGCCAAUAUCACAAAUGGCGGAAAAGGCGGAUGAACUACCGCUUUUGGCUGCGAAAAACUCGAUGCAUCCUCAAGAUAAAGACACUGGUGAGACCAAAAAAAGCAAAUGGAGUUCCUCAGAUUGCUGAAAUUCUCUUGGUUGGUUAUACAAAUUUUACUGUCGAACUCCGAAUAAAAUUGAUUAGAAGCUAAAUUACAAGGCUUUUGUUUUUAAUUAUUGAUUCUUUAUUUGUGGAGGAAACAAGUAAUUUUUGAAAUUAAUUGUUUGAGUGUACAUUUUUCUCAA